AUGGUGUGUGGGGCUGGGACCAGCUGGAAGCGCCAAGAAAAGCAUGUGAUCCACAAUGGACAGCGUUUCUUCAUGCAAUUGGCAAGGUGGCCGAGUGGUUAUGGCGUACGUUCCGCUGUCUUAGGUGUGACUCAAGACUCGAUCAUCUCGGUCUUACUCAGUAUACAACUGAGAAGCAUUCUCAUAGGAUCUUCCUGCAUGGGUUCGGUAGGUGCCAAGACAUUCACUAAUCCCAUCCUUGUCAUUAUCUUUUUUGGCUUUCUUUUAUUUUGCACGUUCUUCAAGCGCGCUACGUUGUGGGAUUCAUUCUCAUAUCAAUCAGAAUGCCCAGAGGCUCUUGUCAAUAUGUUUUUUGUGUUUGCUUCACCUUUUUGUCCAUGCACAACGAACUUGGCACUCUCCGAUUCAUACUUCUACCUCUUCUUUACUCUCUCUAUUUUCUUAGCUUUCUUUCAUUCAACCAUCGUCAUCAUCAAGCGUGUCACCUUUUGCACUUUCAUGACCCUACAUGCCCUGACAACCACUUCCAAGCUUCGCCGACACGCUACUCCAGCUGUUCUGGUUCAAGCUCUGGUAGCUCGACGGUGUCCUUGUUCAAAGCAUCAUGAACUGUAUAACUACAGCCUUGCCAUCGCUAGAUCGAUACACGUAUUCUACAUCAGACUCCAGAAGCGACGAGGAAGCCAUUGUGUCAGCGAUGAAUCCACUUGGCAAUUGCUUUUCGAAUUCGGUGCUGAUGCUCUGCAGUGCCAUCCACCACCUCCACCAGGUCAAGCCACGCCGCAGAGUCCUCAUGACCCAGAGCAAGAUUCAGGCACUUUGACAACAGGAACACUUGAGCUCGAGUCUUCGCCACCCUGGUCAAUCAGGCCAUCCACAUCGAUGGACUCGUGGCAAUCAGGAUGCUGCUUGGCGCCGGCCGAUGAAGCAGACGCAUCUGAGAAAUGUCAAGAUGAUUUUCUGAUUUGGCUUCAUCUGGAAAAGACUCAAGACUUAUGCAAAGAUGCUUGCUUAGACAUACAUGCAGUUUGA